UAUCAUGAGGCAAGGGAGUCCUGCAGUUGUUUAGAAGUUGUCCUGAGUUCCUUUGUGGCCUCCUGGAUGAGUCAUUGCUGUUCUUUUAGGGUAAUCUUUGUAGGACGGCCACCCCUGGGAAGGUUCACCGCUGUUCCAUGUUCAUCCAUCCAUAACUGCUCUCCCUGUGGUUCGCUGAAAUCCUAAAGGUUCAGAAUUGACCUUUCAACCCUUUCCAGACUGAUAAAUGGAAUUUAUUUGGAUCGUGUGAUUUUUCUUGCAGCUUUUUUAGAUCUUUUGUCUGAUCUGAUUUUGUCGGAACAGAUGAAGUGAUUUUUUAUUUUUUUGAUUGAAAAGGUCGAGAGGUAAUCUGUCUUGGGUGUGAUCAGUGAAAAUUAACCAAAAAUUGUGGUUAGCCACAAUUAAUUCAUGAUUUAACAAGGGGGGUAUGUACUUUUCACACACGGCCGCGUAACUUUUAAUAGUUUGUUUUCCUUAAUAACUGAAAUCACCAUUUAAAAAAAACAGCAUUUUAAGUGACUUGGGUAAUAUUCGUCUAUUUACAUUUGUUUGAUGAUCUUAAACAUUAGAGUGGGGAAACUGCAAAAAUAUAAGAAUUUGAGAAGCGGACGAUAUUUUUUCAUGGCACUGUAUAGAGACGGACAACCAUUCACUGUCACAUUCAUACCGUCACUGAAUGGAAACUGAACCCACUGCCUGCACCAAAGUGCAAGGUGAUGAAGAGGAGGAUGGCCAACUUGACAUCCAGGAGACAAAAAUUAACGGCUUAAGCGGGUUCUUUUUCAAAGUAACUCUUCCGUACAAGCUGGUAGUGGGCCUUAAGGUCAAACUAAAAGUGGAAAUGACAUUCAGCCACGUCCUCCAGCCCUUCCCAUCGGACAUCACCCAGGCUGAGCGCCAGCUGGUAGUUUUUCAAGGCAACCACUACUUCUACUCACCAUACCCCACCCAGAGUCAGACGACGCGCGUUCGCCUGGCAUCCAAAACAGUGGAGAGCUACACCAAACUGGGCAAUCCCAGCAAGACUGAUGAUUUAAUUGAAUACGGUCCAUACAGUGACAUUCCCCAGUUUAGCCAGGAUACAAUGAAAAUCCACUUUGAGAACAACACACCUUUCCUCACGAUCAGUAGCGUUACUCGCACCAUUGAGGUGUCUCACUGGGGCAACAUCGCUGUGGAGGAGACCAUCGACGUGAGGCACACUGGAGCAAUCCUGAAGGGUCCAUUUUCACGCUACGAUUACCAGCGUCAGUCAGACAGUGGCAUCUCUUCUAUCAAGUCCUUCAAGACUAUACUUCCUGCUUCUGCGCAAGAUGUUUACUACAGGGAUGAGAUUGGGAACAUCUCCACCUCCCACCUGCAGAUUCUGGAUGACUCUGUGGAGGUAGAGAUCAGGCCUCGCUUCCCUUUGUUUGGAGGCUGGAAGACCCACUACAUUAUUGGGUACAACCUGCCCAGCUAUGAGUAUCUCUACACACUGGGGGACCAAUAUGCACUGAAGAUGAGACUGGUUGACCACAUCUAUGAUGACCAGGUCGUUGACAACAUGACUGUGAAAAUAAUCCUACCAGAGGGAGCUAAAAACAUCCAGAUGGAUACACCAUAUAACAUUCAUCGCAUGCCAAAUGAAUUGCACUACACUUACCUUGAUACCUUCGGCCGACCCGUGCUGGUCGUCACCAAGAACAACCUUGUGGAGCAGCACAUUCAGGAUGUUGUGGUUCACUACAACUUCAAUAAGAUCUUGAUGCUGCAGGAGCCUCUCUUGGUAGUCGCAGCUUUCUACAUUCUCUUCUUCACCGUCAUCAUCUAUGUUCGUAUGGACUUUGCCAUAACGAAGGACCCAGCGGCUGAGGUGCGCAUGAAGGUCGCUUCCAUCACUGAGCAGGUGCUGACCCUGGUCAACAAGCGUCUGGGCCUGUACCGACACAUGGACGAGGUGGUCAACCGCUACAAGCAAUCUCGUGAUACGGGCUCGCUCAACGGCGGCCGUAAGACGCUUGAGGCGGACCACCGUGCGCUCACCAACGAGAUCAGCUCGCUGCAGGCUCGCCUCAAGGCCGAAGGCUCCGACUUGGCCGACAAGGUGGCGGAGGUGCAGAAGCUAGACGGCCAGGUUAAAGAGCUGGUGUGCCGUGCCAGCCAGGAGGCGGAGCGACUGGUCGCCGGCAAGGUGAAGAAAGAGGCUUACAUCGAGAACGACAAGACUCUGGCCAGCAAGAGACAAGAACUCAUCGGCCGUAUCGACAAUCUGCUGGAUGCUCUCUAAACAAGACGUCAACACUCACCCCGCAGCCAGCCAACCAUGUGUACACCAAUGUAUGUGACAAACAUACUUUUCACAUCAUGUACAGCAAGUAACGUGUCAUCUUGUGGGUUUAUCCAAACACUCGUUGUGCCUUGUGAUAAAACUGGUUCAUCACAAGUUGUUGAGCUCUCCCUUUGUCACAUGCUCAGACUUUACAUGUUUGCUGUUUAAAACUCAACUUUUGUUUUAAUGAUUUAGGUUUCAUGUUUUGCAAAAUGAAUAACAAAAAGUCAAGCUCAUGUGUUCUCUCAUGUCUUUGCUCACAUAUACCAAUACUACGUUUUUUCAAGCGGUUCGGUAUGAUGGUUUCAAUUGUCUCCGGUUUUGCACUUAACUACUAUUUUUCUACUUUCCCAUGAUAGUUAAAGCUCUGAAUUUUUAUGUUUUGUCACUUUUUGUCUGUAAUUUAGUCCCAUUUUCUACUUUUAGAGGUUUUGGGUUGUUUUCACUGAAAUUAGUGAAUAUGUGACUAGGUUGUGUGUGAGAAGACAUGGGGAUGGAAAAAAAAUUUAAAGCUGUCAAAUUUGAAAUAAAAAAUAAACAUUGGACUAACAUCGUUAGUUUUAGUUUAA